UCCCCUUCCACCUCAGGCGGCGCGAGCCCGGCCGCGGCCGUUCCCCGGCGCCGCGGACCGUUAGAGCCGAGCCGCCCGCCGCGGACCGUUGGGGCUGCGGCCGGACCGCGUCCCUCACGGCCCCGCCGCCGCCGCAGCGAGCGUCCCGCCGGCCGCCCACACCACCUGCCCUGCCCUGCGAGGAGCCGCCGUGCCCCUGCCCUGGGGAGAGGAAACUGAUAAUUAAAAGAAGCCAGCUUGGUAGAAUUUCAGACAUGGCAAUGGAAUCUGCUAUAAUCAAUUCAGUCCCUACCACUGCGUCUCGUUUUGCCUUACUACAACUGGAAAGUGAUACUGAUUCGGAGCCUGGAAAAGGCAGAAGUGGCCGAUGUGCUGGUAAAUCUCUAGCUUCAGGGAGUAGAUCUACAAAUGUGAAGAAAAGAGAGAAAAGGAGAAAAAAGAGAGAACAGCUGCAGAGUGAGGCCAAUGAGCUCAGAAACCUUGCUUUUAAAAAGAUUCCUCAGAAAUCUUCCCAUGGAGGCAGUCUAUCUCAGCAAGAACAAAAACUGCGUACUACGAUGCAGAAGGACUCUCAGGAAGAAAACUGGCAAGAGUGGAGACAAAGAGAUGAGCAGCUGACAUCUGAAAUGUUUGAAGCUGAUCUUGAAAAAGCAUUGCUGCUGAGCAAACUGGAGUAUGAAGAGCACAAAAAGGAAUAUGAAAACAAUGAAUGUACUUCACCUCAGUCAAAGUCUGUGAAUAAGAAAGAGAAAAGAAAGAACCAGCAAGGAAAAGACAAACCUCUCACUGUGUCCCUGAAAGAUUUUCAGUCAGACAGUAAUAUAGAUAACCUUGCUAAAAAACAUGAGGAGCUGAGCUCUUCCCAGACUUCACUGAAUGAUGGGAGAUUUUUCAGCAGGCUAGAAGAUGAUGUUCACAAAAUACUUAAAAGAGAAAAAAUGAGAGACCAGCUUGCUGACUGCAAUGAAACAGAUAACUGUACAUCUCAUGAGCAGAACCAGGAAAGCGUUAUGAAAGAUGGAAGAACAGAACAAUUAAAGCUUGAGCUUGAAAAGAAAGAUGCAGAAAUUCAGCAACUUAAAAAUAUAAUAACUCAGUGGGAGGCAAAGUAUAAAGAAGUAAAAGCAAGAAAUGCACAACUUCUGAAUAUGCUUCAAGAAGGUGAAAUGAAAGACAAAGCAGAAAUACUCCUACAGGUUAAUGAAUCACAAAUUAUUAAAAAUGAAUUGACCUUACAGGUAACUACGCUUCAUGCUGCAUUAGAGCAAGAAAGGUCCAAAGUGAAACUACUGCAGGCAGAAUUAACAAAAUACCAGAGUUGGAAAAGAGGUAAAAGGCACUUAGAAUCUGACCAGUGCAGGUGAUCGUCUUUGCUACUAGAUUCAAUGUAAAAAAAACAUCAAAUCUUUCUUCAGGGUUUUGCAGAAAUUUCUAUAUUUGUUGUACAACUGCUUAACUAUGCAGUUUUUGAAGAGAAAUUAACAGUUACUAGUCUGAUUAACAUUCUGAAUAAUUGAUUUGUUGCACUUAAAAGAAAAAUAAGAAAACAAGUAUUCUGGCAAAGCUCAAACUUUAAUUGUAAUGCCAUUAGUUUUUUAUCAUUCAAUAAAACUUACUCUUCCA